CAACCCAUCGUCCGCCGCGCCGCAAGUACGCGACAAACCCCCAACCCCAAAACCACCGCCCCGCUCCGCCCGCCCACGCGGCCGCGGCGGUGAUGCCCUCCCCAGCCGGUCAUUUCACCGCGCGGCCCACGCCCGCGGCCCACCACCGCACCGCGCCUCCGCCUCCUUAUAUGACCGGUUCCCCACCUCCGCCUCCGCGUCCUCCUCCGUUCCCCAAUUCCUCCACCACCACCACCAAACCCUAGCCGCUGACCGACCAUGUCUUCCUCGUCCUCCGACGCGGCCAGGGACGACGUCGUCUCCUCCCCUGACCUCCCGCCGCUUGCCGCGCCCGUCGCGGCGGCGGCUGCGGCAGCCGCGGCGUCGGGGGGAGGAGGAGUAGGGGGCGGCUCCGGGCGGAGGCUGCCGCCGCCGUGCUGGACGCACGAGGAGACGCUGGCGCUCAUCGAGGCGUACCGCGAUAGGUGGGAGGCGCUGCGCAAGGGCAACCUGCGGGCCGCGGACUGGGACGACGUGGCCGGCGCCGUGACCGCCCGCUGCGGGAGGUUCCCCACGGCCACCCACAAGUCUGGCGUGCAGUGCCGCCACAAGAUCGAGAAGCUCCGGAAGCGGUACCGCGCCGAGCGCGCGCGGUCCGCCGGCCGCUCCAAGGGGCCCAAGUGGCCCUUCUUCGCGCUCCUCCACGACCUCGCCGGCGGCGGCGCGCCCGACCCCAGCCCCAACGCCAUCGUCAAGAUCAAGACCAAGGGACCGGCGGCCACGCCUUCCCCUGCCGUGUCCUCCCCAUCCUCCGAGGAUGCGGUGCGGAGCAGGAGCCUGCACGGGCUCAUCUCCAACGGCGGGGCCGGGAGCGGGCUGCGCUUCACCAUCCCCAAGGGCUCGCGCACGAGGCUCGCGGCGGCGAGGCCGGAGAGGAGCAGUAACGAGGACGACGCGGAGUCAGAGGCCAUGGAGGAGGUGGCCGCGGCGCUGCGGGCCGUCGGGGAGGGGUUCAUGAGGAUGGAGGAGCGCAGGCUGGAGCUGUCCGUCCAGAUGGAGAAGGAGCGGAUGGAAUCGGAGAUGAAGCGCACCCAGACGAUGCUCGACGCGCAACAGCUCGUCCUCGAGGCCUUCCUCAGCAAGCAGCAGCAGCAGCAUCACAAGAGGGCCAAGCUCUCCCCGGCCAUGGAGGAGGACUGAUCGAUCCAUCGAUGGAGUCCGGCCGCUCCGCCCUUUGUUAACUGCUGCUCCUGCUCGUGGUAGUUGUUGACUUGUCAUAUUAGCAGUAGUAAUUUCCUCCCGUUUGGAUUGGAUUGGAUUGGAUGGUAAUUAAGCAAGGGGUUUUGGGGGGCACAUCCCAGGAUGUGUAGGUGUAGGAUAUGGAUACAGAAGGGGGGUGGUUUAAUUUACAAAUGCUCAAUUGUAAUCAGUGAACUGCUGCUGCUUCUUGUGUUCUGAGCUGCUUCUUUGGUGGAAGCAACGCAGCUUGUUCAGAAGGCACGUGCUCUGGUCCUUGUGGAUUCUGCUCCUGCUCUGCUUGCUUGUUUCUUGUGUUGUUUUUAUAUUCCUA